AAAUAAAAAAAUAAAUUAUCAUUAAAUCAACUAUUAAUUUCUUUAAAAAAAAAACUAAAAUGAUAUAAAAACACAAAUACUUUCAUAAACUAGAAGAUUUUUUACACUCUGCUCAAAACUCUUUUGAUAGUAUUAUUAUAGCUCUUAAUAAUAAGUAAAUUGGUGAUUACGAGUUAUAUAGAUUAAGCUCGGCUUUACAAAAUCAAAAUACUAUCAUGUUUUUGAAACUAGAAGUUUACAAUAAUAAAAUUGAUAAUCAAGGAGCUGAAGAUCUUGCUUCUGCUUUAUCAAAAUGCAAUAAUCUUUUAAAAUUGAGCAUUAAUUUAAGCAGCAAUAACAUUCGUGAAAAAGGUGCAUCAUAAAUAGGUUUAGGCUUAUCAAAUUUAAUUAAUCUAUAAUCUCUGAACCUUGAAAUAGGAUGGAAUAAUAUUGGCGAUAACGGUGUUACAGGUCUAGGCUCUGCUUUUUCAAACCAUCCUAAUCUUAUCACAUUAGAACUAUAAGUUAAUAACAACAAUAUUAAUACUGAAGGAGCAUUGGGUUUAAGUCGUUCAUUAGCAAAAUAGACAAAUCUUACUUAAUUAAAUCUUUACAUUUAGGAUAAUAAUAUUGAAUAACAAGGUGCUUCAAAUUUAAUAUCUGCUUUAUCGAGUUAUCAUUAGCUCAUUAACUUUUCAAUCAAUAUUGGAUGGAAUAAUAUAUAAUCUAAAGGAUUAUAAGAUAUAGCCUCUACAUUAUCUUACUGUCCUAGUCUUUAAUAAUUAACAUUAUGGUCUAUUUAUAAUAAUAUUGAUGAUUAAGGCUUAUGCAGUCUAAGUGCUAGUUUAGUAAAUUGUACGAACCUCAAAAUAUUAGAGAUAGAGCUUGGGAGCAAUAGUAUUAGCGACUAAAGUAUAACAGUUUUAGGUGAAACAUUAGUGAAAUUAUAGAGUAUCUCUUCUUUAUUGCUAAGUCUUUAAUGGAAUAAUAUAAGUGACUAUGGUAUAUCACAGCUAAGCCUAUCUUUAGCCAAAUGCUCUUGUCUUAAAAUAUUACAAUUAACUGCUAAUAAUUGCUCUAUAGGAGAAAAAGGAGUAUAAGAACUUUUUAAUGGGUUAUUAAAGUGCAGUAAACUCUCAAUAUUUAAACUCGAACUUUAAGGAAAUGAGAUUUUGAAUGAAUAAUAGUAUAUUAACAAAUUCAAAAAAAUAAAGAGAAUAGUAGAGUAACAAAUUUAACUAAUUUGAAAGUUCACAGUAACAAUAAAUCUUUGGAGACUUUACAUAAAACUGAAUAGUUAAUCCUUUUUAAAAUAUGUUAAUUUUUAAGGGAAUCUUAUGUUAAAUUUUAAAUUUAGUCACUG